CCCUGUUUUAUUGCUAUGCCUGGAUCCUUAUCUGGGGGAGAAGAGAAGGCAGAUGCAGUUACUCGUUCUGAUGCAAUUGCACUCUGAGCUUUGCCUACCUGUGUCUGUAGAGGGGAGAUGAUACUGCGUGCUAAUGACAACAGAGAAGCAGCCUGCAGUGGUCAAUGUAAUAAGCCCCCCUGCAGAUGAGCGGCUAUAAAGUCAAAGCUGCUCCAGUGUUUCAGAGAACAUGUUGCCUAGUAAUGGUCAGUGUAAACCGAGCUAGAGAAAUUCCAGGCUACGAGAGAAUCACAGGGGGCGCAGGCACAGUAAGUGGAGCUCAUCUUUUUUUUAUUUUAGUCACCAUUCACGAGUAUAAAGAAGUGUGCUACGAUCCUGGAUUAGAUCUGUCUCGUGCCUCCCCAGAACCACUUGCGUUUGCUUGUUUCUGGUGCAUCCCAAUUCUAUGGCAACCUCAUGAUUACAGACAGUGUAAAAUGAACCUUCUCCCUUCCCACUCCACCCCUUUGCUUGGGGGAAGCUGUAAAGCUGGUGUUGCAUGUUACACAAUGGAGAGAAACCUAUGGCGUGACUCCCUCUGAUUUUAUGGCUGAUCCUGUCACAUUUCUCUGGGAGAAGCUGGGCUGGACGCAGCAGCAGUUUAUUUGUAAGGGAAGCCAGGAAAAUGUCCUAGUUUGAUGGUCGAUUCUUGUAAACAGCCAAUAAAUUCCCAGGGCUGGGCAAGAUUGUGACUCCCUUGCUCAAAUCAAGUCAUAUAUUACAUCGCAAGCAAAUCAAUGGGACUUUUCUUCAGUGUGAAUAAGAGUAUCACAGUCCAGUCCACAGCAAGGAGAACAGUCUUUAACUGGGUGUUUCUAUGCUGUAAAAGAGGAAAGGGGAAGAAUUAUGAAUAUAGAGUGUUGGAUUUAUGACUGCAGGAGAUAGCGGUCCGCAUGAAGCCCGUUUCUUCACCAUGGCCUGUGAAAGCCAAGCAGGUGGAGCUGAGAAACAAAGUCCCAUCUCCUACUGUGGGACCCAUGCAGGUGAAAGCUCCCUUCACUGGGUGAAAGAGUUCCACAACGGCCAAGUGCUUAUGGUUCUCACUGCUAGCAAUACCUGCUCUUCCACCUUCUUUGAUCUGGAGCUUUGUGCAGAGAAACUGAAGACCUUUGGAAUUCAGAUGACAAUGGAUCAGUGGAGGAACUUAAUUCAAAACGCCAUUCUGGAACCUGAAGUAAGAAGAUACAUGUUCUACAACUCCAGAGCUUUUGGGAUAGCCAUUGCUGUGGUUUUCUACAUCUCAAUCUGGGCAAAUAUUUACUCCACCAUGCAGCUGUAUUCCUUUGGGUGCCGCUGGGAAGUCAUCAUUCUGGUGACGUUGGCUGCCAUAGCACUCACUAUAGUUGUUAUAUUGAUUAUUGACCAACAUCAAAGGAAGAUACAUGUGAAUACUGAUGUGAGGCUGGCAGCUGCCAAUGAAGUCUUCAUGAAGCACAACUUACUUCUGGGGGUUGCAGAUGCCAUGGACAGGCACCAGAAUGUUCUACAGCUUUGCUUUGUCCAUUUCAACCUGGAGCAGUGUCUUCACUCCUUAGCAGGCUAUAUUACAGAACUGAAGAGAAACCACCAGUCAGCCCUGAGGCACAAUCUGGACCAGUUCUGUGUCACUAUGGAGACAGUGAUCCAGUCGGGUCAGGGGACAGGAGAGGAGAGUUCGUCUGAAGAGUCGCCUCUUCUACCCAAUGACAAGAAAGGGACUCUGGCAUGCAGUGAACUGCUCCAGCUCAUUCCCGAGGGAGCUCCAGAGGUGAUGGCCCAGCAGCUGCUGGUGAUCUUCAGUGGCUAUUACAUCAGACUCUUGAUCAGUGGUCAACUCCCUCAGGUCAUCAUGUUAAGGCAUGUGGAACACAUGAAUAUCCCCUGCCUUUGCCAGUUCAUAGAGACGAAUGUGCUUGACACAGGACACUGUUGGUUCAAGGCCAGGUGACGUGAGGGGCCUGGAAUGAGUUGUUGCAAUUAAUACUGUUCAAAUACAGUGGUCCAUGGAAGAAGCCAGGGCAUAGGGAAGUCCCGGAGAGAGAUGCAAUUGCAUCAGGGAUUUGUUUUGACCAAUGAGAGGUCAGUAAUGAGGUGGAGGACAUGACUUUAGUUAAAUAUUCAAAAUCCCAUUCAGAGACAAUAAAAGAGACAGACACCUAACUGCCUAAUUGCCCUCUUGCAGAGGAGCAAAAUCUCAUGUCAAGAAGUGAAUUGGGCUGCUUACAAAUGUGCCUUCCUUACUUCUCGUCAGGUCUGUUGGCCGUCCAAUACAAAUAGUUUCAUUUAAGUGUGUUUGUAAUGAGCUAUCAACUCAUGCUGGCAAUAGUGCAAGUAAGGAUCAUGCCUGGAUGAUACACAGCAUAUAAAGUUCAUAUUGUUGAAUGUUUAAUGCAAGGAACAUGGCAAGAUCAUGGCUAGUUAAGUUUCCUCUUUUAUGCUCCACUCAUGUUCCUUUCAUCAUGCAUGUGUGAUCCUUGCAUUUUUCCCAGCAUGGGCAAAUGACCUGGCUAUUGUCUUUAUUUUCUUGCACAGACAUGCUCUAUUUUAUUUGGCCCUGAAGAUCAGAGCAUGACAUUUCUCAUGCUUGCUUCACCCCAGCAGAAACUCACAAACUCUUAGCAUCCCAUUUGUUCUGGACUUCUGUUGGUAUUUGUUGUUUGCUAGGCAUGGACACUGCACUCAGCACUGUACAAAACACAGAAGAUGUCACGACCUCUGACCUGGAGAAUUGUUAACCUAGGAGCAUGAUCAGAAACAUCCCCCACUCCCUUUUACUCUAUCAGGAGUUAGGGGUGAUGAACAACUUCCAGAAGGUGCUCAGCAUCUCACAUUAUUAGGCCUUUAAAAAACAGACAACAUGAAGCACACUAAAAAAUCUAAAGCAAAGUUCUUUAUUGAGCAUCUUUUCUUUAGUUUUGGGACAGUAUUUUGGGGGUUUUUUUUGCUAUCAUUUUAAACGACAGGGAAAAGGAAUUAGUUUUAAGCAGGAGACCAAAGUGUCUGCUUGUUACCGGGUUAAUUUAAUAAACAGCAAGUGAACAAAGUGCUUAAAUUAUACAAGUAAUUGCAUCCUGGAGUAAUAACCGUGACUGGGCAAUCAACAUACAAGUCAGACGUGGCUCAUGCUUUCCAUCUGAAUCCAUCGGACAACUGCAGACGCUGUCAGCUGGUUUCAGCAGGUAAACUUAAGGCUAUAGUUCCAUGGAGGAGUUGAUCCAGUACACAUGGAAAUAGGGAUUUACAUGACCUCACGACCAUGACAGGCUGUAUCUGUAAGAUUGUAGUAGCUGCCUUAGGCACCCAGAUGACCUAGUGACGAUCAGGGUAUGUGGAGCUAGACAGACAGUUGUAAUGACAUGCUCCUGCCCUGUUAUUUCUAACUGUAAAGUCCCCUGAAUAUCUUAUUUCUGUUGAUGAAACACAUUCAUUUGUAAUUUGCCUCUCCAUGGAGGCACUUAAAGAUAUAAUUUAAACCAAGAUUCACGCACUCUUUCCUAUUACAUAGGAACAUGGGAAUUGCUAGACCACAUCAGACUAGUGUGAUCCAGCUCAGUAUCUUGUCUCUGACAGGGGCCCCUGCCAGACGUUUUUGAUGACAGAGCAAGAAUAUCCAUAGGGAACAAUAAAAAAGUAACCUGCUCCCAGGAGAAAUUCCAUCCUUACCCUCCUCGUUGGUCUAUGCCCUGAAAUGUGCGGUUUAUGUCCCCUAUAACUAUUUGUUAAGUGUGGAUGUUCGCGUUAUCCAUGUAAGUGUCCUAUCCUUUUUUUGAAGCCUUUUUUCUGCAGAGAAAUCCUGGUUCCUCUGAAGUUUUUAACGAUGACUUCAGUGAGCAUUUCACCCCCGGCCUCAAUAGUUUCUUGUGGCAGGAAGUUCCACAUUGUUCUGAGCAGGCCUUUGUCAUGAAACUCUUCCAACAGACCAGCUUAUGGUAACAAAAUAGAAAAUGUUACCUCUGGUUGUCUUGAUAGGGCACUUGACUGGGAGUCAGGACAUUUCAGUGCUAAUACUGGGCGAGCAACUGACCUCAGGCAAGCCACUUCCUCUCUUCGUAGCUGUCCCAGGGUGGCU